AUUUCAUUUCAUUUCAUUUCAUUUGCCAAAUUCUCGUUAAUCUGUUUCUCAACCAAGCAAAAAAACUUUCUUCCAAAUAACUACUGCCCCCUUGGCCUUCCUUUUUCACUCUGAUCUCCUUCUUCAAAAAUCCUUACACUUUUUUCUCAGAGCUCUUCAUAGCUUGCACCUCAGACUCCUCAACAAAUGGAGAGAGACUUCAUGGGUUUAACUGUGAAACAGGAGAUUCCUGAAGAAUCCAAAGAUCCAGCACCUAUUAGGGGUUCUGCAAUGUCGACCAAUAUCUCGAAUCUUCCUCAAUAUCUGUCCUUCAAGGGUGUUCAAGAGGAAAAGCCGAAGACUGGUUUUGACGCCCUUGCUUCGACAGGACUGGUGACGAUAACAACUACUGAAGCUGUUGAUUCUGGUAUGCGGGCGUUCCCUGGAGCUACACAGAAAAAUAUGGUUGUUGAAAAACAAGGGGGACUUCAUUACACAGUGACAACCUAUCCCGCACAUCACUUUGAUACACACUCGGUUUUUCGCUCUCAUGAAGUCAAAGUAGUCCCAGUCGUUAGCAAAACCAAUCAAAUGUCGAUUUCUAUGAACAUGCCUGUUCACCCGUCCUUUGUUUCCCCUGCUGGACAGAAUAUGUUUGGUGCUGCGAAUGUGCGCCCUCCUGCUGGCUCUGCUGUUGUUGGCACUACUGAACUAAGGAAUGCUCCACAGAUGGCGAGGGGUCCUGCACAGUUGACCAUAUUCUAUGCUGGUUCAGUGUGUGUCUACGACAAUAUUUCUCCCGAGAAGGCUCAAGCUAUUAUGCUGCUGGCUGGAAACGGGACUCCAACUACUCCUGGGGCGCUGCCCUCGGUAGCUCCAGUUCAGGCGCCUUUACCAAUGCCUCCCGUCAUUAGCAGUUUUGCUGUGAACCCGAGUCAUAUUGCAACGCCAUGUUUUCCAAGCCCCAUUUUGAAGACACCCCAGCCUGUCUCUCAGUCUGUUAGCACCAACGAAGCAAAAGUGGUGAAAACGAUAGGCGUUGUGGCAUCUCAACCUAUCAAAGCGGAGCCUCUCAAAGCUGUUUCACCAGGGUCUAUUCGGGCCACCUUAAUUCCAUCAGCUGUUCCUCAAGCUCGCAAGGCCUCCUUGGCUCGGUUUCUUGAGAAGCGCAAGGAAAGGGUAAUGAGUGCAUCGCCCUACUUGAGCAAGCUGUACCUGGAAUGCAACAAGCCCGGGCAAAGCUUCUCUAUGAACAGUUUGGGCUCGAGUUCUCUGCCCGCCACCAGUUAGUGUGAAGAUCAGAGCUGUGAGAUUGAAGCAGUAUAAUUAAAUAGAUAUUGGGUGAAGGGGUGUCUGCAAUGGUCCCUUUUGCUGAAACAAAUGUAUUUGUUUUCACCUAAAUCCUAGAUAUUCCUUAGAUGGGAUGGGAUUCAAGGUGUUCCUUUUGCUCAGUUGUGUCCUAAGACUUUUCAUCCCAGUAUUAUAUAGAAGCAUUUGUAGGUUGCCUUUCUUCAGUAUACUGUAGAAAGUGUUUUUAUUAUACUAAGUAGAACACAUUAUUGUUUGUUGCCUACCUCUACAUCCAUGUAUUAUGCUUUGCCAUUGGGCAGCUUGUAGCCAACAUUAUAUGUUGUGGAAAAUUUUGUGUUAAUGGUUACUUCAGAUCAAUCUUCGUCAUGUGUUGAAAUAUAUAUGAUAUAUUGCUGCA